UCAACGGCAACAAAAAAAUACUGCUGCUUCCACCUGAAAUCCGCGAGGACGGAAUGUAGCUCCAUCUCUGCAGUAUACAUAGAUAUUCAAAUAGGAAACUGUUGCGAUCGAUUCGCGCAUAUAAUGUACGGUCGUGGAUCGGAGAUGAGUCCGGGUUUCGGUCUACGAUCGAUUCCGGGGGUGGCUAUAAAAAUCUACUCCACCUCAGCGACGCAUUUCAGUGUCAUGGUUAUCGCCAGCUAGUGUAGUUCCGGGAACCGGAUGUGCAAAAUCCGAAAUGAAGGUAAUUCUAACGCUGCUUGCAAUUUCCGUUUGCACGGAAGCUACUCUCAAUCUUGGUUCGCUAUUGGAAAUUCUGCAACCAACCUCCCGGGUGGGUCGUGCACCUUACCAACUGCCACCACCACCACCACCACCACCGCCGCCACCACCUCCGUCAGUUCCAACGGGACCGGGAUAUGCUUCCUAUUACCGACAAGCUGCCCAUCCGAAACCGAUUUAUUCUGCGCCGCCGGUUCAUCAACCCGCCGCUUAUCAGGUUCCCGGUCAGCAACCGCAAGUGAUUCGCGUAAUUCAACCGGUCAUUUACCUUCCCCGACCAACGCUUCCUACACCAGCACCAUCGAGGCUCGGUUCAGGGCACAUUCCCUAUACCAAAGGAUCAACUUUCUCCUACACCAAUAGUCAGUCUAUUCCGAAAGCGGAAUACACCGUGACGGAAUCGAAACCCAACUUCAACAGUGAUAGGAGCUCAGUUUUCAACUCUGGCAGCAGCUACUCCAUAGAAACGUUGAAAUCCGAAGGUCAUUAUUACUCACUGCCACCGGAGAAGAUCACGAUCGAGAAAAUCAUAUCCCCGGUAUCCACAGUCGAAACCAGUUCCAAUGUAGAAUCAAUAGACCCUCGAGGACCAACGGCGAGUGCAGAACAGCCAACUUCGGUCGAAAUUGUGCCACAAACUCUUGAUAAUCCGAUAAUUGUUUCUGAACUGGAAACGUCUCCCGUUUACGAAACUCCACCUCCCGUAUUCCAAACUACCCCGAGCACGACAUCGUUAGCCGAACCGGAGCAAAUUGUUCCAUUAUCUCCGGAACCAAUCACUGAACAGAUUCUACAGGAAAUAUCGCCAAUAGAAGUUGAACAAUCAGUUUCAUUACUUGUUGAUCAUUCUGUCCAGGAGGUCGUCUAUCCAGCCCAACAUGCAACAGUAGUGCAGCAUCAAGACAGUCCCCAGGAUCAACCGGAACAGGUGCAAAUCGUUACUCCUCUGAAUUUCAACCAGCAACCGAAACAGGACGAAAAGGUUUACAUCAUGUAUGCUACAUCCGUACCACAAGGCGAAUCGUACGAUCAGUACCAAACCGAAUACGACGCUGCCGAUCAACAAGAUCAAACCAUUCCGGACCAACAAGAGGACAUUUCCGGUCAGUACGACCAAAACCUGAUCGACAUCCGGGGUCAGCAUGAUGAUUCGGAAAACCUGGUAAUACCGGUAGAACUUCCUACAGACCAGCAGGACUAUCAGCAACUAGAACAACAGAAACAGCAUCUGCAGCAACAGCAACUACAGCAACAACAGGUGCAGCAACAACAGCUACAGCAGCAACAGCAACUAGACCACCAGCGACAACAACUGCAUGCACAGCAGCAAAGGCUGCAACUGCAACAGCAACAAUUGAAAUUGCAACAACAACAACAUCAGCUACCACAACAACAACAGCAGACACGUCAGCAACCACGCCUACAAUCGACAACAGUAACCCAAACGGAAAUUGUAUCGUUCCACAAAGGUAUCGAUGUUGGUGACGACGAAGAAGUCGACGUACGAGACACAGCAGGUGUAAGCGAACAGAUUAUCCGAAAUUUCCAGCUGGAAAAUCUGAAUCACCAGCGAGAGUUCGGAAGCGUAGGUAAAGUAGGUGCGUCCAGCACCAGGACGAGUGCUGGUGCCAGCAGUCCAAGUCCAAGGGCCAGCAGUGCUAGAGACAGUGCGGGCAGAAGUCAUCCAAACGGAUAUUUUCUGUAUCGAGAGCAAUUCCGAUGACUGUCUAUUCGGAAACUUUUGCUUUAUCAACCAAAAAAUGUGCUGUAAAACUGCCCUGAUAGUAGAAGUAAGGCGAUUAUUUAAACUGUAAAUUUAUCAGACGAAUU